AUGGAGUCUCAGUAUCUGAAGAGAUGUCUGGGAAGUUGCUUGAAAAAGGGACUGGCAGAGGUUGUAGAGCAUCGGCCUGCAGAUCCAAUAGAGUAUCUGGCACAUUGGAUUUACAAUUACAGAAGAAUCUUAGAUGAAGAAAAAAAGAGAAUGUUGGAGAGGAUUGAGCUGGAACAAGAACGGGAGGCAGCCCUGGUAGAACUUGAAAUGUUAAGAAAAAUGAAGGAAGAAGAGCUAAUGAUCCAGCAGAAACUUGAAGAACAGCGUCAGUUGGAACGAGAACAUGAGGAGUCGGAACUGCAGAAUGAAGAAGAUGUAAUGCCGUUGGAACAGAAAGAUCAAGAGGAAAAUGAAAAGACGAUAGCUGAACUUACAGAUAGACCUGGAGCACCUAAUUUGACCAGAGUUGAGGAGCUAGAUGAGAGCGGACAGGUUGAGAAUAUAACAGAUGUCACGGCAGAAUCAGAACAAGAAAGUUCCCAACCAAUCUGA